GAUUUACUAGUAACCAUCUAUACACUUAUAUGUGUAUUUUCUGAUAUUCGUAUAUAUUCAGAAAAAAAAUUAGCAGAAAGUUUGUAGUUUGCAUUCACAUUCUAAUAAAAGCAACAUUUUCAUCAAAAACCCGUACACAAUGUACAGCAAUAUAGACCCGAACACCUUUUCUCUGCGUCCGUACCACCAACACAAAUUUCGCCCCAAUGAGCUUAAACCGAUUGUUCACAGCAUAUUAGAGUCUCGCCUGGAGCUUCAAGAGUACAAGGCCGAUGAGAUCCAGAGCAUUAGCAAAGAAAUUGCCGAUAUGGUUCGCGAGAAGAUUCGCUCGAUGGAGCUCGAUCGCUAUAAAAUUCUCGUUCAUUGUAUGAUUGGCGAGCAGCGGGGGCAAGGCCUUCGCGCGGGGUGCAAGAUGUUCUGGGAUUCGGAUACCGACGACUACUUUGAGGAGGUUUUCAUGAACAAACAUAUCUUUGCGGUGGUAACCGUAUUUGGCAUUUACCAAUACUAAUUAUUUCCUUUGGAUAAAUCGUUACUCGCGGGCCGAAUAAGGUGGCCACCGAAGAACCGCGAUACCUUUUGGGUUGAUGCCGAAAGAUUUGUAAAGAGGUUGAUCGAUGUAAUAUUUCUUUGGGGGUGUUCUAUCUUUUCAA